GAAGAGAGGAGGUGAUGUUCUCAGCCCGUGUGGACAAGGAGAUAAAAGCAUGCACGGAUAAGCAGCUCCAGUAAAUGGCUCGUUUCCAGAGGAUUUUAUUUCUGCCCCUGCUGUUGUUUGCAGGCUUUUUGCCAGGUGUGUUGUGUUUCAGUGAGUUACUUUUCGUUAAGGAGCCCCGCGAUGUGACGGUUCUCCGUAAGGAUGUGGUGAUUAUGGACUGCCAGGCUCAGGGCGACAAUCCAAUCCGGAUCCGUUGGCUGAAAAACGGAUCUCCUGUCCUCGAGUCGGACCGCGUCUACCAGCUUUCCAAUGGAUCGCUCUUCAUCUCGGAAACCGAGAACCGAAAAGGAGACAAAUCAGACGAAGGGUCGUACCAGUGCCUUGCUCAGAACAAAUAUGGAGCUAUCCUGAGUCAGAAAGCUCGCCUGACUAUUGCAAGUAUUUCCACAUUCACCCAGCAGCCUUCCUCCAUAGUAGUGACAGAGGGUUCGGUCGCACGCUUCAGCUGCAAAAUCAGCGCCGUUCCUCCACCAAUCAUCACCUGGGAGUUCAACCGAGUCACUUUACCGCUGGCCACCAACAGAAUCACGGUGCUGCCUGGUGGAGUGCUGCAGAUUCAGGGAGUAGAGCGAAGAGACGCAGGGCAUUACAGAUGCGUGGCGGCGAACAUCGCCAGUCGUCGCAGGAGUGUGGAGGCCACUCUGACAGUAACCCCAGCUCCUUCUCCCAGGGUUCCCCAGAGGCCGCAUAUCAUUGCCGGGCCACGGAACCUCACCAUAGCGACCCGCAGCAGCGCUCUCUUAGAAUGUGUGGCGGUGGGGAAUCCUCGGCCGCUGAUCUCGUGGAGCCGCGUUGACCACAAGCCCAUUGACGUCUACAACACGAAAGUACUUGGCAACGGCAACCUGCUCAUCUCGGACGUCAAGAGGCAGCACGCGGGCGUGUACGUGUGCCGAGCGACCACGCCAGGGACCAGGAACUUCACGCUCGCCGCCGCAAACGUCACCGUCCUCGAGCCCCCGUCUCUGGUGGAGUGGCCAGAGAGUCUGACUCGUCCACGUGCUGGCACCGGGCGCUUUGUGUGCCAGGCUGAGGGGAUGCCCACUCCACGCAUCACAUGGCUUAAAAAUGGCGAGUUCAUACACUCCAACGGACGCAUCAAGAUGUACAACAGCAAACUGGUGAUAAACCAGAUCAUCCCAGAGGAUGACGCGAUUUACCAAUGCCAAGCCGAGAACGAGCAAGGCUCAGUGCUGUCCACGGCGCGCCUGAUCGUGGUGAUGUCUGAAGAUCGGCCCAGCGCUCCCAGGAACAUCCACGCAGAUACGGUGUCCAGCUCGGCUAUCCUGCUGGCGUGGGAGAAACCGGCGUACAACGCCGACAAAGUCAUCGCUUACUCCAUCCACUACAUGAAAGCGGAAGGUCUUAACAACGAAGAGUACCAGGUUGUAAUCGGUAACGACACCACCCGCUACAUUGUUGAUGACCUGGCUCCGGCUCAGAACUACACCUUCUACAUUGUAGCGUACAUGCCGAUGGGAGCCAGCCGCAUGUCCGACCAUGUCAUACAGCACACACUUGAGGACGUUCCUCUCCGUGCCCCGGAGCUGUCCCUCACCAGCCGAAGUCCCACGGAUAUCCAGGUGUCAUGGCUGCCGUUGGCACCGAAGCUGAGCCGCGGUCGUGUUUCAGAAUAUCGCCUGUGGUACCGGGCCGGUUCUGAGGGAGCCACCACGCAGAUAGAGCUGCCAGGAGACCAAACACAGCACCUGCUGGAGGGCCUGCAGCCUGAUACUGUCUACCUUCUGAGGAUCGCCGCAUCCACUAGUGUGGGCUGGGGAGAGCCAUGCACCUGGACCUCCCACAGGACCCCCAAGACCUCCAGCCGAGAAGUACCCCUGGCGCCAGAGCUGCAGCUGGAGCCCCUGAACUGUACGACUCUGGUGGUGCGAUGGCGCUUGGCUGCAGGAAGUUGGGUGGCCGGCCUUCAGGGAUUCAGGCUCUUCUACCAUGAGGAGAGUCAGCCAAAGAGCCCGCCCAUCCUGAUACCGCCGCACAUCAACCGCCACACCAUCGGAGGCCUCGACCCCAGGAAGAAAUAUCACGUCAAGCUCCUGGCCUUUAGCUUCGUAGGCGAGGGCUACCAGGCCGAUCGCACCAUCAGCACGCCGGGAUGCGUGUCGGUACGUGACCGUUUGGUGCCUCCUCCUCCUCCGCCACAUCACGUGUUCGCACGAGCGAACAGCUCGACCUCCGUGUUACUGCACUGGGCUCAGCCCGCCUUCACCAGCACGCAAACCGUCAACUACACGGUGCGCUGCAACCCGGUGGGCCUCCAGAACGCCUCGCUCGUCCUCUACAUACAGACCGGCGCUCAGAGUCUGCUCGUGAAGGACCUGCUGCCGAACACACGCUACGAGUUUGCCGUGAGGCUACACGUGGACCAGCUGUCCAGUCCCUGGAGUCCUGUGGUGUAUCAGAGCACGCUGCCGGACGUCCCAGUACUGCCCCCUGCUGGAGUCAAGGUCACUCUGAUCGAAGGAGGCACGGCGCUGGUGUCGUGGAAAGCGCCGAACGAACCGAACAUUGCUGUGAUGCGAUACACCAUCCUGUACGCAUCACGCAGGGCCUGGCUCGCGGGCGAGUGGCAGAUCCUACAGAGAGAUGGAAGUGUCACUAUGGCUUUGCUGGAGAACCUGCAGCCAGGUAACGUGUACCUGGUGAAAGUGUCGGCAUCCAAUCAGAUGGGAGACGGACCCUUCUCACCUGCCGUAGAGCUCAGCGUCAGUGCUCACGGCCACCCCGACCACGCCCAUCGCUCUCAUAGCUCCGCCCACACUACAGUGUUCUCGGAUCUGGACCACCACUCAAUGGCAGGUAUUAUUGUUGGCGUGUUCAUCGCUCUCACCUGCAUUAUCAUCUGUGCCUUCAUCCUGGUGUGUCGAGAAAAAGCCAAGAAAUCCUGCACCAGCAAAAUCAUCAGGCCCGGACUAGGCGAAGCUCCGCCCACUGCAGCUCAGGCAGCCAAUGAAAAUCAAGCAGAGAGCGCACAUGUCCUGGUGCCCAUGAUGAGAGAACAUUUUAUUGAUGCAAAAGGUGGCACAGAUUUGAUCAUAAACAGUUUCGGCCCCGUCAGACCCUCAGCCGUGAGGAAGAAAACACAGAAGUGGAGUUUGUUUCGAAAGUUUGAGAAGCAGGAGAAGAAGUCCCCCGUCUCCUCCACAUACCAGACUGGCUCGACUCUGCUCCGAUACUCCAUCGAGUCUCCAGAAAGUUCCUCGCUGCAGCCACCCUUGUCCCUGCGUACCCUGCUGGGGCCACCGGGGGGCGACAGUGAGGCCUCGCACUCCAGCGAGGGCAGCCACGAGACCGGCGACUCGGGACGUUACUCGCACGACGAACACGACCUCGCCAACCUGUCGACAGGAAGCCCGGGGGAAAGUCCUGAUCAUGUGACCAACCAGGAGUGCGCUCUACAGCUCACUAUCAAGCUGGAGGAAGUGACAUCAGCGUCUACAUCUGCGUCGACCACUCAUCACUGACAUACCUCAGGUUUUUUUUUUGUUUGUUUGUUUGGAAAAAGAGAGAAACUCACCCACCAUGAAUGUUUAGAAUAUGUUUUUUGUCCAAAUAAUGUGAAGCGUGAUAUCAGACAUUAUAUAACGAACGUAUCACUGGAGAAGGAUCACAUCAUCAUUAUUACCACCGAAAAGAAAAGAAAUCCUACUCUGGUUUAAACAGGUGGCCACCCCACCACCGUUUCUGUUUCUUUUAUAUAUAUUUAAUAGCAACUUAUACAAAAAUGUGCUUGACAAGGGUCUUCCUUGUCGUCACGGCAACAGAUACUUCC